UCAAAUUCACUUUCAGAUGGAACAGUGCAGUUGAGCUGUCAGCGAAAGCAUUUCGAGCUACUGUAUGAGCCGUAUCAAACGAUAGGCUUAGAUUUUGUACGCAUCUCUCGUGCUUACCUUCAGUCCUCACAUCAUUCAUCGCGAUCACUACCAACUGAUCAUAGUAAUCAUAACAACAACGGUAAUGGUGACAGUAAUAAUGGUAACAAUGACAAUAGAAACACAAAUCAAAACAAUAAUCGACAAAUAUGUCGAAGUGAAUUCCGACGACAGUCGAUGACACAAUUGGUACUUAAAGCCAACUAUCAGCGAUGUAGUGGAAUUGUAUCAUUGGAUUUAGAGGAUGGAACGCUGCAUACCAUUACGAUCGACUACUAUACGUCAGCAAAUCAUGUGAAUCGCUCUUUUACAAUCACGUGUUUCGUGCCUAAUAAGGAACUCGACUUGGCAUCUAUACCGUUCCGGAUGUCUUUAUGGAAUGGGAACAAACAAAUCCAGAAUCUACAGCAGGCAACACUUAGGAUCGGUGAUCAAUUGAACGCCCGACUGGAAGCGAAUGCGCAUUUUUCAUAUCCUGUAGCACUGAACGCGUACCCGGUUUCCUGUCAUACUGCGCAACCCGGAGGUAAGGCUCGAGCCGAGGUGGUUCGGGAGGGAUGCCCUUCGAUGAACGAUCCGGCAGGACGUAGCCUGCGAUUGGUGCAGAACAUUUCGAAUCUUGGCUCUAUACAGAUGCGAUUCACAAUCAAUGAGCGACUCAUGCCUUGGACGAAAUCCACGUGA